UUUUUGAGGGGGUGAAAUACGGUGGCGGCAAUGUUAUGGAGUUUCCGCUGCAUCUCUGCUUUCAUGCCAUCAGCAUAGGAAGCUAACGCUGGAGCUAAGCUACAGUCUAGUUAGGCCUCUGUCAGAAAGAUCGACGGGGAAGUGACUAACCUUUCUUUAUGAAUCUACACGAGAACAGUUAAAAUUACAGAAAUAUGGUGGUUCUCAAAAUAAGAGACCAGCCUCCUUUGCUGAAAGCAAUCUUUAACGUGGACCCAGAUGAAGUACGCUCCCUCAUAUUCAAAAAAGAGGAUGUGAAUGUGCAGGAUAAUGAGAAGCGAACGCCUCUACACGCCGCUGCCUAUCUUGGAGAUGCAGAAAUUAUUGAGCUACUGAUUCUUUCAGGUGCAAGAGUGAAUGCCAAAGAUAACAAGUGGUUGACUCCUCUGCACAGAGCUGUGGCCUCCUGCUGUGAGGAGGCGGUCCAGGUUUUGCUGAAACACUCUGCAGACGUGAAUGCCAGAGACAAGAACUGGCAGACGCCGCUUCACAUCGCUGCAGCCAACAAAGCCGUUCGCUGUGCUGAAGCCCUUGUCCCUCUCCUCAGUAAUGUGAAUGUAUCGGACCGAGCAGGCCGCACUGCUCUCCACCAUGCAGCCUUCAGCGGUCACUUAGAGAUGGUGAGGCUCCUUCUCUCCAGAGGUGCAAACAUUAAUGCUUUUGACAAGAAGGAUCGUCGUGCAAUCCACUGGGCAGCCUAUAUGGGGCACAUAGAGGUGGUGAAGUUGCUGGCUUCUCAUGGAGCUGAGGUUGCUUGCAAAGAUAAGAAAUCCUACACCCCCCUACAUGCUGCAGCCUCUAGUGGAAUGAUCAGUGUUGUAAAAUACCUUCUGGAUUUAGGGGUGGAUAUCAAUGAACCUAAUGCUUAUGGAAACGCACCACUCCACGUGGCUUGCUACAAUGGGCAGGAUGUUGUUGUGAAUGAGCUCAUCGACUGUGGAGCUGAUGUUAACCAAUUGAAUGAGAAGGGGUUUUCACCCCUACAUUUCACUGCCGCCUCUCGCCCAGGUGCGCACUGCCUGGAGCUCCUGGUGUGCAACGGAGCAGAAGUUAAUAUAAAGAGUAAAGAUGGGAAGACCCCGCUCCACAUGACGGCUAUCCAUGGAAGGUUUUGUAGAUCUCAAGAGAUCAUUGAAAACGGUGCUGAGAUUGACAUUGAAGAUAAAAACGGAAAUACGCCACUGCACAUCGCAGCUCGAUACGGACACGAGCUCCUCAUCAACACCCUCAUCACUAACAAAGCUGACACAGCGAAACGAGGGAUUCACGGAAUGUUUCCGUUGCAUUUGGCUGCUCUCAGCGGCUUCUCAGACUGUUGCCGAAAGCUUCUGUCUUCAGGCUUUGAUAUUGAUACUCCAGAUGACUUUGGAAGGACCUGUUUACACGCUGCAGCUGCUGGAGGGAACUUGGAAUGUCUCAAUCUUCUUCUGAACACUGGGGCAGACUUUAAUAGAAAGGAUAACUUUGGCAGGACCCCUCUCCAUUACGCUGCUGCUAAUUGUAACUAUCAGUGUCUGUUUGCUCUGGUGGGCUCUGGAGCUGGCGUCAACGAUUUGGAUGAGGGGGGCUGCACCCCACUCCACUACGCCGCUGCCUCCGACACAGAUGGAAAGUGCCUCGAGUAUUUAUUAAGAAAUGAUGCAAAUCCAGGGAUUCGGGACAAUCAGGGCUUCAACGCUGUGCACUACGCCUCUGCGUACGGACACCGUCUUUGUCUGGAGCUGAUUGCUAGUGAAACACCUUUAGAUGUGCUAAUGGAAACCUCAGGGACAGACAUCCUGAAUGAUUCUGAUGUCAGAGCUCCUGUCAGCCCCCUGCACCUUGCUGCAUACCAUGGUCACCACCAAGCGAUGGAGGUUCUGGUGCAGUCUCUGCUGGAUUUGGAUGUUAGAAACAGCCAAGGACGGACGCCCUUAGACCUGGCUGCCUUUAAAGGCCAUGUAGAAUGUGUGGACGUCCUUAUCAACCAGGGAGCCUCCAUCUUGGUCAAAGAUUUUGUCCAGAAGCGAACCCCUAUACAUGCUGCAGCAACUAAUGGUCAUUCAGAAUGUUUACGUUUGCUGAUUGGAAAUGCUGAUCUUCAAAGUGCUGUCGACAUUCAAGAUGGGAACGGCCAGACCCCACUGAUGCUGUCUGUCCUGAGUGGACACACAGACUGUGUGUAUUCUCUUCUUAACAAGGGAGCCAAUGUAGAAGCCAAAGACAAAUGGGGGAGGACAGCAUUACAUAGAGGGUCUGUGACCGGUCACGAGGAAUGUGUGGAGGCCUUACUUCAGCACAGCGCCAACGCCCUGGUACGAGACUGUAAAGGGCGCACGCCGAUCCACCUGGCAGCGGCUUGCGGACACAUUGGGGUACUCGGAGGCCUUUUGCAUGCUGCCCAAUCAGUGGAAACACUGCCUGCCUUAACAGACAGCCAAGGCUACACCCCACUGCACUGGGCCUGCUACAAUGGCCAUGAUACAUGUGUGGAGGUUUUGCUCGAACAAGAGAUUUUCCACAAGGCUGAAGGCAAUUCUUUCAGUCCUCUCCACUGUGCUGUAAUCCGGGACAAUGAAGGUGCAGCUGAGAUGUUGAUAGACACUUUAGGUCCUACUAUUGUCAACUCUAAAGACAGCAAAAACAGGACCCCCCUGCAUGCCGCUGCCUUCACAGACCAUGUGGAGUGUCUACAGCUGCUGCUGAGCCACAACGCUCAGGUCAACUGUGUUGAUGCUGCAGGAAAGACCCCGCUGAUGAUGGCUGCUGAGAACGGUCAGACCAACGCUGUCGAGCUACUGGUCAGCAGUGCAAAAGCAGAUCUCACUCUACAGGACGCUGCAAAGAACACUGCACUACAUCUGGCCUGCAGUAAGGGACAUGAAACCAGUGCCUUGUUGAUAUUGGAGAAGAUUACAGACAGAAACUUCAUAAAUGCUACAAACGCCGCCUUACAGACACCCCUCCACGUGGCUGCAAGAAAUGGGCUGAUUGUGGUGGUGCAGGAGCUGCUUGCAAAGGGAGCCAGUGUCCUUGCGGUCGAUGAAAACGGUUACACGCCCGCCUUGGCUUGUGCCCCUAACAAAGACGUUGCAGACUGCCUCGCUCUCAUCCUGGCCACCAUGAUGCCUGUGUCACCCUGCACCUUGGCGCCCACCCUUCCUUUCAGUGCCGUUAACCACUACACCACCAGCCCCUCCAAGAGCGCCACCUUCGACAGCCUGCCAACGUUGCGCAGCGACCACACCUCCUACUGCAGCUUCAACAACAUCAGCCAUCACGACGGCUUCUACAAAGACGAAGAACUCAAUGACUCGGAUUCCGAGACGUACUGA